CUUCUUUUCUUGAGUUUGGCGGCAGCUCUGGUUCUGGGGCUCUCCGCAGAGUUUGUUGUUUUCGGCAGCUAUGUCGUCCGGCGCCAUUUGCCUCGACCUCCAGCCUGUCUCCUACGACAGCGCCGGCAACGAGGAGAGCUCUGUUGGCUUCAAUCCUGCCUCGAGGAGACUCGCCGGGGAGCAGCCCCGCGACUAUCUCCUCUGGUCUUUGUUCAACCUUUUAUUCUUAAGCGGUUACUGCUUCUGCUGUCUCAGUUUCAGCGCCCUCGUCUUCUCCAUCAAGGCAAGGGAUCGUAAAGUUAUUGGAGAUCCUGAAACCGCAGCUACCUAUGGAAAGACAGCCAGAUGCCUGAACAUUGCUGCCUGCGUUAUAGGCAUUGGAAUCACUGUUACUUGUUUCCUUGCAAUAAUUUUAAGUGCAGAAAAUGUUCUUAAAUUAUUCAGAGAAAUGAGGAAGGAACCCCAAUUUUUACCACCAGGUCAAUGAAGAACAAGUAAUUCAGGAUAUCAUCACCAAACAUGUUUUAUUGCAUAUUGACUGCAUCACUUCUCUGUCUCAUGUAUAUUUUCCCUUGUCAAAAGGAGGAAUUCUGUGAAGUUUAAUACAACUUACCAUACUGAUGGGGAGAGAUUUAUAUUGUCUGUAGAACACAGUUUUUCAAUUGAAUUCUGCACAACUCCAGUCUUCCAUGACAACUUGGCAGAGUUCAUGAGAGACUUAAGACCAAGCAAACAAAAUUCAAUUCAGUACAGCAGUGAUAUUUAAAGCAAUUUUUCUAAGGAAAAUCACAUUCCAGUAAUUGAAGACUGAUUUCUAUGGUUAAAACAUUAAAUUCCCACGUAAUUGUGUAAAUUUUGGUGCACUAAAAAUGUUAAUUUUGAAUUUAUAAUCCUUUACAUUUUAUACUUAGAUAAAUGGAGGAAUCAUGGGACACUAGUUGAAUAUCAGUUGUUUUGAAAUUCAAAUAACUAUAAAUAAAUGACAAAACACAAAUUA